AUACUUAAUACUUAGCCAACUUCAGACAGCUCGGUCAUAUGAUCCAGGUCUGGUGAUAGUAGGGCGAGUCCAGUGUCUCUAAUCUCCAUUUAAUUUACAAUUGUCUUGCCAGAAAAAAAAAAUUAAUUUAUUAACUAGUUUGUUUUUUUAAAAAUAAAUAAAUAGUUAAUAAUAAUAAUCAUGAAGGGCUGCUUGUUCAAUAUCGACAAUGGUUAUCUUGAAGGUUUGUGCCGUGGAUUCAAGUGUGGAAUCCUGCAACAGAGUGAUUAUCUUAAUUUAGUUCAAUGUGAAACACUCGAAGAUUUAAAAUUACAUCUCGCUGGUACUGACUACGGCAGUUUUCUGGCAAACGAGCCCUCACCAUUAGCUGUCAGUGUCAUAGAUGACAAGCUGAGGGAAAAAUUAGUUAUUGAGUUCCAGCAUAUGCGUAAUCACUCUGUAGAACCUCUGUCACAGUUCCUGGACUUUAUAACCUACAGUUACAUGAUUGAUAAUAUUAUCUUGCUGAUAACUGGGACUCUUCACCAGCGACCGAUUUCUGAACUGAUUCCCAAGUGUCAUCCGCUGGGUAGCUUCGAGCAAAUGGAAGCUAUUCAUGUCGCAGCAACUCCUGCUGAGUUGUACAAUGCAGUAUUAGUUGAUACUCCACUUGCUCCAUUUUUCGUCGACUGCAUCUCCGAGCAAGAUUUGGACGAGAUGAACAUUGAAAUAAUCAGAAACACUUUGUACAAAGCUUACUUGGAGGCUUUUUACACUUUUUGCAAAGACAUCGGAGGAACUACUGCUGAUACCAUGUGCGAGAUUCUAGCUUUUGAAGCGGACAGACGUGCUAUUAUUAUUACGAUCAAUUCUUUCGGUACUGAGCUCGGUAAGGAUGAUCGAGCCAAGUUGUACCCACGCUGCGGUCGGCUCAAUCCUGAUGGACUUGCUGCUUUGGCUCGGGCUGAUGAUUACGAACAAGUUAAAGCUGUUGCUGAGUAUUAUGCUGAAUACAGUGCAUUGUUUGAAGGCGCUGGUAAUAAUCCUGGAGAUAAGACUCUUGAAGAUAAAUUUUUUGAGCAUGAGGUACGCUUGAAUGUGCAUGCAUUCCUUCAACAAUUUCAUUUUGGAGUAUUUUACAGUUAUUUAAAACUCAAAGAACAAGAAUGCCGCAACAUUGUCUGGAUUUCUGAGUGCGUUGCUCAAAAACAUCGCGCUAAAAUCGACAACUACAUCCCGAUAUUUUAAGCGAAUGUUUUUUUUUUAAAUUUCAACCCCAUGAUAAAAAUAUAAAAUGUGUACAUUAAAAAUCAGUUAAACAAACGACCUCAUCUAUUAAGCUGUUGUUGACGCCUUGAUACAUAACGGCGUAUUUUAUUAUUAUUAUUAUUUACUGAGGCAAAAUGUAUAGAGUAUUAAUAUUAACCGAGAGUUAACUUGUUAUUAUCAUUAUUAAUUAAUAAUAUAUGUUACAAAAUAAUUAUUGCAUUCCAUUCUCUAAUCGUGUACCCAAAUUAACCAAUUAAAUACCUUCAAUCAUAUAAAUAUAUAAAUAAAUAUUAUAAAUGUGUAUGUAUAAUGUAUAUCAUUGUAAGAAAGAUAGACAAAUUGAUAUAUAAUAAAAAAAAUCUAUAACUUUA